GCGCAGUCUUUGACCUUGACCGCCACACGAAGGAGAUGGCGAACAUUGGCAGUGUUUUCCUUGGAGAUUCAAAACGUAUACGAGUAUUCUCUGGCUCAACUCCACCAUCUUCUCCACCUGCAAGCGCGACAAUGUUCGGUGUACUCUCCAACAUGCCUUCCCCAACAUCUGUAUCUCAACAUCCAGCAUCAGCCCCUCCUCCUGAGGAAGACGCUCCUUCAGUCCUUCCGAUGCGAGCUGGUCUCAUUCCAAGGGCUGAUAUUGAGCCGGAAUUGGGGCUGGAGUUACGAAUUAGAUGGCUAGAGGCCCUUGUCAUGGGCGUUAACGCAAAUGCGACUUCGGCAGGGAGGAGGCUAGCGGAAGUGAAGCAAGGAGAAUCCUUAAUUCGGUCUGCAAACGAGCUUCAGAAAGCAUUGAACGGGAUAAUCGAAGGGAACGAUGGGUUGAAACGAUUCAUCAGCCAAUACGACCAACAUGCACAGUUCCUCACACCUUCGUUUGCCCUCUCUGGACUAACUUCUGAUGGGCCGACAUACGAUAACAUGUCCCCUUCCGAUUUCGAAACGUAUAUGAAGGAAUUGGAGAACGACAUUCGUUCCGCCGAUAGAGAUAUGCGUGAAAUUGAAGCUUUGGAAGCAAAGGGCGUUACAGGUGCAGGAAAGCUUGCGGACCACAUCCCGCUACUUCCGCGUGUGGAUAACCUACUGAAAACUUACGCAGAAGAUGCUCAACGUAUGGAAGCUCUGGAGAAACGGAUCUCAGGGGUUAUCGAGUCCCAAGCAGUUUAUGCGAGUCUUGGAAAUUUUCUCUGUUCGGUAACUCAACAUAUUCAAAAACACUUCCACUCUAGGUCGACGCUUUGUCAGAUUUAUUUGUAGCUUGGGACGAAGCUAUUACCGAUGCAGAGAAUGAGCUCUUGAGACGUGAGCGUGAACGCAAAGAGCGCGAGCGUUUGGGACUGGAAUGACAAAACGUCAACACCACGAAAUAGAAUUUGCAAGUGGAGGUUGAGCUACCUCGAAUAGGCCAGGGUUGCCGUUGCCCCGAAGAUAUGUAGCUCAAGACUGGGCCAUGUCCUGUCAAUAUCGCCCUAAAGGCCGUUGGAGGAAAAGUGCUGCGGCGAAGUACAGGAUCAAUCUACGUGUCCUAUGUAUACGUACCGGAUGUAUUCGUUUGUAGGAUCAUUUUGACAUCCGCCAUCUCACCUAGUAAACUUCAGACGGGCAUCGUUGCCAGUGGGCGCUCCUAGGACGGGUCUUACAAGUUUAUACCAUACGCAUCAAUGGUGAGGCCAAAACAUUAAUAUCUUUCCGGAGGCUAGUGCACACCGUCCAAAGCUCUACGCGCACGACCGUUACUCCAGCGCGAUGCGGAUGAAUCUUGACAGCUGGAAAAUCAAAAUGUCACCGUCCUUUCUG